AUGUCCGAUUCAAAAUUUCAGCGAGACGAGAAAGUACUUAUUCGUGAGCAAAGUAGUUUGAUUAGCACGGAUAGCGAAAAGCCUCGGCGAUUGUACAGAGGACAUCGAUCUAGCUCCUUCUACAUAGAGGACGACAAAGAGAUACUCGAGAUUCGUGCCAGACAGCGCACAUUUGAUGGGGCUUUCGCCAGGGGCGCGAUGUCCGACCUGGGCUAUGGCCUGAUGAUACUGCGUCUUUUUGACAAACAAUUCUCUCCAAUUGGAAUGGUGUACACCAUCCUAUCCGUACUCCUCACCAUGGUAUCCUUCAUACGACAUCGCCAAUCGCGUCAUGACUUCGCAGAUUGCUAUCAGAACCAGACAUGGAAGCACGCUAUGCCCACAGUUGGCCAAGAGGGCACGCGGGUGUUUGGCAGGCCAUUUACAACCGGCGCAUGGACGGUCAAUGCGGUGGCUGUCAUUGUCGCCUCUGUUGAGAUUGCGACUUUUGUGUUCAUAAUGCAAAUGGAUCUAGCCGACUUGCCCACCGAGGAAGGCAUCGUUAGUAAGUGA